CGGAGACUGCGGUCAGUCUUCCCUCAGACCACUCUGGAAGGGGCCCCAGGUAUGCGGCUCGGUGCAGGGCCACCGGGGUUCAUAGUAUGUGGGACUUGAGAAUGGACCCUCGACAAUGCUAGGGUUACCAUGGGCAGCGCCGCGCUCCGCUGUUUCUGCUAUGGGUGCCUCUUCACCUCUGUGACCUGGACACUUCUGCUCUUUAUUUAUUUCAACUUCAGCGAGGAGAGCCAAGGCGUCAGACAUGUGUCCGUCAAGGGGCUGGAGCCGUACAAGCCCUUCCCCAAGAAAAUGUACCCCCGCUUGUCCCGGGAGUCGGUCGGGAUGGAUUGGGAUGGAUCCAACAAGGGGCGUGCGGGAGAUCAGCUAGGAAAUCGCAUAGGAAACAUUAUGGAAACCAAUGGGAAUUUCUCCCCGGAAAUGGGUAUGAUCUUCAAUGAACAAGACCAAAACGUGCGGGAUGUCGGCUAUCAGAAACAUGCCUUCAACAUGCUGAUCAGCAAUAGACUGGGAUAUCACAGAGACGUUCCUGAUACCAGAGAUCCAAAGUGUGCUAAAAAGAUUUACCCCACGGAUUUGCCCCUUGCCAGCAUUGUAAUUUGUUUCUACAAUGAAGCCUUUUCUGCUCUUCUGAGAACCGUUUAUAGCGUGUUGGACCGCACACCGCCUAAUCUUCUACAGGAAAUCGUACUGGUAGAUGAUAGCAGUGAUCUAGGUGAUUUGAAGGAGUCGUUAGAUGAUUACAUUAAGGAAAACCUACCCGACAAGGUGAAACUGGUGAGAAACAAAGAGAGGGAAGGACUUAUCCGUGGAAGAAUGGUUGGAGCUUCUCAUGCUACUGGGGACGUCCUGGUGUUCCUGGACAGUCACUGUGAGGUUAAUGAGAUGUGGUUACAGCCUCUGCUCACCCCCAUCAAGGAAAAUCCCAAGACGGUGGUGUGUCCAGUCAUCGACAUCAUCAGCGCGGACACCUUAAUGUACAGCUCGUCCCCUGUUGUGCGUGGCGGAUUUAAUUGGGGUCUCCACUUUAAGUGGGACACGGUGCCUCUGUCUGAACUCGGAGGUCCUAACGGAUUUACUGCUCCGUUUCGAUCUCCUACGAUGGCUGGAGGACUUUUCGCAAUGGACAGAGAGUAUUUUAAUACCCUGGGGCAAUAUGACAGUGGCAUGGACAUCUGGGGUGGAGAAAAUCUGGAGAUAUCAUUUCGGAUCUGGAUGUGUGGUGGGAGCCUUCUCAUUGUACCUUGCUCCAGGGUUGGGCACAUAUUCCGGAAAAGACGUCCAUAUGGAUCACCUGGUGGCCAUGACACCAUGGCUCAUAAUUCCUUACGACUGGCACAUGUAUGGAUGGAUGAUUAUAAGGAGCAGUAUUUUGCCCUCAGACCUGAGCUCAGGAACAGAGACUACGGAGACAUCAGUGAACGAGUGGCUUUGAGGAACAGACUGAACUGCAAGUCCUUUAAGUGGUACCUGGACAAUAUUUACCCUGAAAUGCAAAUUUCUGGUCCCAAUGCCAAAGCCCAACCACCAGUAUUUGUUAAUAGAGGCCCAAAACGGCCCAAAAUCCUACAACGGGGGAGGCUCAUCAACAUGCAGACAAACCGGUGUCUUGUUGCCCAGGGUCAUCCUAGUCAGAAGGGAGGGCUAGUCGUUGCCAAAGAUUGUGACUUUAAUGACUCUGACCAGGUCUGGACAUAUAAUGAAGAACAUGAACUUAUCUUGAGUAAUCUGUUGUGCUUGGAUAUGUCAGAGACUCGAUCGUCAGAUCCUCCACGACUGAUGAAAUGUCAUGGAUCUGGUGGAUCGCAACAGUGGGUGUUUGGUAAAAACAACCGCCUCUAUCAAGUUUCAUUUGGGCAAUGCUUGAAGCUCCUCGACUCCCUCAGUCAUAAGGGAUACGUGGCCAUGGCAAUCUGUGACGGGUCACCAGCUCAGCACUGGCAUCUGGACAACUGAUAAUGCGUCAAGAUGGGCACCUAGAUGGACCUGUCCACAGAGACUACAGGAAUCUAUAAGGCGUGACAAGCCGUAUGCUGCUAUUUUAAUAUGGGACAGUUUUAAAGAAUAUAUUGUCAAUCUCUUAACAUGUUGCACAUCUAGGCAGUGAAUUAGGUGUAAGCAUAGCCAAAACGCUUCCCGCUACUAAUUUGAAAUUUACUGCAAAAUUUUUUGGGGGGAUGGAGCAGACUUUAAAACUUGUUUUAAAUAUAGCCUUUAAUUAUGUUUGAUAUAUAGGAAAUUGAGACAAUUUUAUGCUGUUUUUUUUUUUUUUUUUUUUUUGGUUCUCUUUUACUAUACAGCAUAUCGUCAGUAUUUUUAGUUCAAUUGCGACGAGUUUAGGAACUCUGGAACACCCUGUUACUUUCACAGUGACUUUGCAUAUGCUUUGCAAGGAAGGCUUUUUUAAUAUAUUGCUGUCUGUAUAAUUUUAUGCUCAUUUAUGCAACUGGAUUUAGAAGAAUUUUAUCUGGGAAUUUUUUUUUUUUUUUAAAGAACACUAUUAAAAUGUAAAAAGCA